GAGUAUUUUGGAAAUUAAUUUAAUGGAAGGAUUCAUGCCUCAAAAAAAAAUAAUAAUUGGAGGAGGAACUCGGGUAAACAUAAACAAACCAAAAUGUGAGCGUCCAAUAUCUAUCUUUGUUCUUCUUUAUGAUCAUCCAGCCAAUAAAUCUUAAACACUACAUAGAUCCAAUAUUUCACUAGUUCAAAAAAGAACCCCGAUAUAGCUAGCAUUCUACCAGUCCCUUUAUGUGUCAUCCCAUUUUUACCACAGGGUAUAUAUUCAUCUAUUUGCACAUGCGGAAAACUAUGUGGUCUUUAGGUAUCCCAUUGAGACGGAGACCUUGCUAACGCUAGGGUAGCCAAUUAAUUAAACAGGCUACUGCCCAUAAUAUAAUUAUGCCCAAUUGAAUUUGCAAAUCAAAACAGCUACAUACUACAUUCUCAGUCGACAAAGCAGAAACAGAAUCCAUCAUUGCGCUAUAGAGAUUUUACUCGUAGCUGCAGCUAAAUGCAUACAAAUGUGCUAAAUUAUUUUUUAUUUGGGGUAGCCUUUGAUGAAUGUUGGUUCCACUAAUUUUGGCUGUGUCGCGCGCGUUCAGUUCCAAGUGGGCUCUUGCGUCGCGCAGUUUUUUGCUUCGUUGCGAACGCUUUAAAUAUAUCUACAGCUUAUAAAGGAGUUAUGAAUAUUCUUUCAGCCGUCUAAUUAUCCUACCAUCCAUGGAUUUCGAUGAAGUACUUAAAGAGGUCGGAUCCUUUGGUUUGUACCAGAAAAUUAUUAUUUGUUCGGUGCUAUUACCUGCAGCGUUGCCUUGUGCCUUCCACGCCUACAGUCAAUUAUUUAUCGCAGCAACGCCGAAGCAUUGGUGUCGUGUGCCCGAAUUGGAACCAUGGGCGCAGGACUAUGGUGCGCUGGUGAAAAACCUAAGCAUACCUUUGAGCAUGGUGAACAGCAGCGUUGAGUAUGCCAGCUGCGCGAUGUACAACCGCAAUUACUCGGAUAUUGUGCGAUAUAUGGAGUACCGCACCCCUAUAGAGUUGCAACAAGAUAAGGUCUGGCAAAUCGGCAAUCCAGGACGUACCCCAGUUCUGAGCUGCCAACAUGGCUGGUAUUAUGAUCGCUCAAUGUACAGCAGCACAGUGGUUACAGAGUGGAAUCUUGUAUGCGACCAAAGCUUUUUGGUUACGCUGGCUUUGGUUCUGUUUGGCGUUGCUGGCUUGAUCGGCAACUACGUCUUCGGCUAUCUGCAGGAUAAGUGGGGACGUCGACCCUCCUUUUAUGUUUAUCUUCUUAUAGAAAUUGUCGCAUGCGCAGCUAGUGCCUUCGCAUGGAACUACUAUUCCUGGUUGGGUAUGCGUUUUGUUGUGGGUCUCACCGUGCCGGCCAUACUCGCAAGUCCUUAUGUCCUUGCUAUUGAACUGGUUGGUCCUGAGCGUCGCGUCUUUUGCACGAUAGUCUCAAAUAUUGCUUACUCAUGCGGACUGGUACUACUCGCAGGCAUAGUGUAUCUAAUAAGGGAUUGGCGCUUUCUCACACUGACCGUAUCUUUGCCACUGCUGCUGCUUUUCUCUUGCUAUUUCGUGCUACCGGAAUCGCCGCGUUGGCUGCUCGCAGUGGGUAAAACACGACAGGCGGCACGAGUUUUGAAAACCAUUGCGCGUGUUAAUGGCCACAACAUCCCACCAGAUUUCGUAAAAAUCGUGCACCAAAAAUUACAGCAGGCCGAAGCGGCAAUGGGAAAAGAGACAGAGACAUCUUAUGGUAUCUUGGAUUUAUUUCGCACCACAAACAUGCGUCGUAAAACAUUGAUUAUAACGCUAAUUUGGUUUGCGAACACCAGCGUCUAUGUGGGACUGAGCUAUUAUGCGCCAGCUUUGGGUGGUGAUGAAAUAUGGAACUUCUUUCUCGCUGGCGUUGUUGAGCUACCUACCUACAUUAUGCUAUGGCCAGGCUUAAGCUACUUCGGCCGACGUUGGAUACUUUGCAUAUCUAUGUUGGUGGGGGGUGUGGCAUGUGUUUUGACAUUGCUGUACGAUGAACAGCCAGAGAUAAUGCUGCUACUCUACUGCAUCGGUAAGAUGGGCAUUUCGUCGGCAUUCGUAGUGCUACCAUUACUCGCUUCCGAACUCUAUCCGACUGUGGUGCGUGGCUUGGGCAUGAGCUUCAGUUCGGUGGUCGCGAUGAUCGGACCCAUAGUCAUACCAAUUAUUAAUCACAUGGGUCAGCGCAUGCUUGUGCUGCCGCUAAUAAUAAUGGGCGCGCUAUUAAUUAUCGGCGGCUUUGCUAGCCUUUUCCUGCCGGAGACACGUGGCAAAAAUUUACCACAAACCAUUGAAGAGGGUGAAUCGGUGCCGUUGAAAUAUUUCAAUUGCUGUUGCUGUUGUUGCUGCACAAAGACACCGCGCAGUCCCGACUUGAAUAACUCAGCACUGAUUGCUAAAUAUAAGCGACAGCGUGAACGAGAGCAAUUUGGACGGGGACGAGGGCAGCCAAUGACGGUUUGUAGCAUUUGCAAAAAUGAAAUUAAAGAGACGUGAGAGUUUUCAUUGUAGGAUUAGUGCACAGCUAUUGUAUAAUAUAUGUAUUUAUCUAUUUAGAAAUUACGGUUGAGAGUUUAAAAUAUUCAAACAUUGAGAGUUUUUGUGCCAAAAAUUGUUAAAAAAAAAAUUAAAUUAGUUA